GUUAAAUAUCUCCAGGGCAAGCAUGAUCAUUUUACAAUGAAAUAAUGAUUUUCUGUAAAUGCUUAAUUACAAAAACAUUUUUCCUUUAAAAGUUUCUGGGAAGAAGUUACUCCGCUGCCUGAUUUUUAAUCUGUCUUGGUACUGUCCAUGGUCCUUAAACUGACAACGCUUCGUUGCGUCAUUUGUCUUAGCCACUUAAUGUGAAAAUCUAAACCCCUACGUUCUUUACAAUAUGAAUAUAAUCAGUGUCUAGGUAUGUGUAACCGUGUUCGAUAGCGGUUCGCUAUAUAGCAAGUAGACUGCUGGAGGUGCUGAUGACGUCACUACUAUGAUGACUAGCCUACUGUAUGCAGACUCGACUAUUAUUCACAAAACGCGAUGCCCUAAAUGUGCUACGAAAACAAGCGUAUCUAAGUGCUGUGUUUUACGAACAGUCUCUGAAAUUCAGUAAAAAUGUGUACAACUGCCUCAGGUAAAAAUAAAGUUAAGAUGGAAUUUGUCAAUCAGAGCUCAGCACUGCAGGUAUAGUUCCCUCUGUGUUGUAGUCUGUAGAGAACACGAGCGCGCCGUGCAUUUCGGAAGUAAGAACGUGCAUGUAGAGCACUUAGUGCUCUCUGGAAUAUGCAUCUGGUCAAAUCAUUACUAUCCAUUACGGUUUGUAAAUCGUGAUAAUUCUUUGGGGAGAGAAAGGAAUCUAGCGCGCGAGCCGUGUUGCAGACGGCGCUGCCAGCCGUGGGCGCAGCAUCGUUCGACGCUGCGCCCAGUCCUGCAGCCGGAGGAGGAAACAGGGUGGCACAGGCAGGUGGAGGCAGGAUGGGGUAGACGAAAACGAAGGUGGGAAAUAAAGCCUCGAAGGGGAAAUCAGAGACGAUGUCGGACGCUAAUUCGCCCCGAGGAAUUCCCAGGAAGCGGAGGACAACGGCCUCCUUCCCUGGGACCCUCCACCUGGUCCUGGUGCUGCGGCCCAUCAGCUUCUUCCAGCGAGCCGUCACCGACCUGGGCUUCCGCUUCAGCCAGGAGGACUUCAUGCUGAAGAUGCCAGUGGUGAUGCUCAGCUCUGUCACAGACUUGCUGCGCUAUAUUGAUGAGAACCAGCUGACCCCAGAGUUUGGCGGUACGCUGGAGUAUUGCCACAGCAGCUGGAUUGUCCUGCGCACAGCCAUUGAGAGCUUUGCAGUGACUGUGAAGGAGAUAGCCCAGAUGCUACAAGCCUUUGGCACUGAGCUGGCAGAAACCGAUCUGCCUGAGGAGGGGACCGCCAUCGAAUUUCUCCUCAUGUCUCACACUGACAAGUAUAGGAAACUGAAGGAUGACAUCAGGUCAGUGAUGAGGGAGGCACAUCACUUGCUCUCAAACCUGGAGGCUUCUGGGAUAGAAGAACAUUCUGGAAAACACUGGAAUGUGAGCCAGGAAUGGGAGACAGUGCAGAGGUUACUGGGUCAGCUGCGGGACAUGGAGAUGGCCUUCGAUGGCUUCUUUGAGAAGCAUCACCUGAAACUGCAGCAGUAUCUGCAGCUGCUGAGAUACGAGUGCAGCUUCCAUGAGAUGGAGUCCACGCUAGAAAAGCUGUCAGCCCAGGAGCAGGAGAUCGCGGUUUCAGGAGACACUGUGGCCCAGAUGGAACAGAUGAUCAGAGAGCUUGAUGGUCUGGAUGGUCAAGCGCAGGAGGAGAUGGGGCGUGCCCAGAUCAUCAUCCUGCACGGGCACCAGCUGGCAGCGAACCACCACUACGCCAUGGCGCUGAUCGUGCAGCGCUGCAACGAGCUCCGGCACGCCUGCGACACGCUGACCGCCGCCCUGAGGGGGAAGCGCAGCGCCCUGACCCAAACCAGGGAACUGCUGCUGCGCCUGGAACAGACCCUGCGCUGGUGUGAUGAGGCAGCCUACCUCUUAGCCAACCAGCUGGUGGAAAAGUUUCAGUCCAGAGAUGGGGCGAAGGUUGCACUGCAGGAUAUCGAGCGCUUCCAGGAGGGUGCAGCUCCUCCCCUGAGCAUGGGUCCUGAUGUGCUGAGCAUGGAGUUUGAGUCUAUCCUCACCCCACAGCUACAGGCUCAGAUCGGGGCAGCCCAUGAGAAGCUCACUGCAGUCCAGGGGAUGCUCCAAAACCGGCAGGCCUGCCUGCGGAAGUUGGCUGACAAGCAGGUCCGCCCCAUACAGCUGGUGGCCCCCCGACCUGAGAACCCACCCCGCUCCAAGUCCCCCCUCUUCUCCCCAAAACACGACUUCAAUUCCGGGUUGAAGUUCUCCUUUGACAUCUCCCUCCCGGGCAAGAGAGCAUCACGGAAAGGCCCCAGUGCUAGGAAGAUAGAGGUGAUGCAUGACUACGAGGAGAAUCGCAGCACUCUGUCCUUCAGUUCAGAGGGGGAAGACAGCCCAGACCUUUUGAAGCGCCACGUGAUUAAGGAGCUCAUAGAGACAGAGAGGAUCUAUGUGGAUGAGCUGCUGUCUGUGUUGCUGGGCUACAGGGCAGAGAUGGAUAACCCUGCUCUCUCAGGGCUUUUGCCCCCUGACCUGCGCAACAAGCAAGAGAUCCUGUUUGGGAAUAUGCCAGAGAUCUACAACUUCCACAGCAGGGUCUUCCUGCAGGAUCUGGAGGGAUGUCUGAAUGCUCCAGAAGGAGUGGGAGGGUGCUUUCUGGAAAGGAAAGAACAGUUCCAGGUGUAUGAGCGGUAUUGUCAGAACAAGCCUCGAUCUGAAUUGCUAUGGAGACAAUUUUCCGACUGUGCCUUCUUCCAGGAGUGUCAAAGAAAGCUUGAGCACAAACUAGGCUUGGACUCCUACUUGCUGAAACCAGUCCAACGUUUGACCAAGUACCAGCUUCUUCUGAAGGAGCUGCUGAAGUACAGUGUUGGCUGUGAGGGAGCCUCCGACCUGAAGGAGGCGCUAACUGCAAUGCUGGACCUUCUCAAAUCUGUUAAUGACUCCAUGCAUCAGAUUGCCAUCACCGGUUAUGAGGGGGACCUGAGUGAUCUGGGCCGGGUGCUGAUGCAGGGCUCCUUCAGCGUGUGGCUCAGCCAUAAGAAGGGCCCCACGCGCAUGAAGGACCUGGCGCGCUUCAAGCCCAUGCAGAGGCACCUGUUCCUGCACGAGCGGGCCCUGCUGUUCUGCAAGCGCAGGGAGGAGCACGGGGAGGGCUGCUACAGCUUCAAACACCUGUGCAAGGUAGAGACUGCCUACUACAGCUUCAAACACCUGUGCAAGGUAGAGACCACCUACUACAGCUUCAAACACCUGUGCAAGGUAGAGACCGCCUACCACAGCUUCAAACACCUGUGCAAGGUAGAGACUGCCUACUACAGCUUCAAACACCUGUGCAAGAUGAGUGCAGUGGGAAUCACAGAGAAUGUGAAGGGUGACGUGAAGAAGUUUGAAAUCUGGUACAGUGGAAGAGAGGAAGUGUAUGUGGUGCAGGCGCCAUCGGUGGAGGUGAAGCUGGCCUGGCUCAACGAGAUCCGCAGAAUUCUCACCAACCAGCAGAAACUUCUCCGAGAGGAGUCCUAUCAACACAGCCCAGUGUCUGAUCAGAUCCAGCUCUCCCCGCCACUGUCAGACAGCAAGCUGCAGAGGUCGUCGGUCAGCUCGGAGGAGACCGAGUCGGGUCGCACCAGCCCGGUCCUGCUGGACUCGCUCGUCUUCUCCCCCCAGCACCAGCCCAACCGCCGCAGCUGGCCGGGUGCCUCUCGCUCGGUGGAUAUCUGUGAGGGCCUGGAGAACUGGAGCAGAGCCAAUGACAGCUCCAAUCUGUCAGACACUGAGGAGGACGACGCGGUCCUGCUGGUCCCAGGCAAGUACAGGGCCUUGGCUGACUGUCAAAGGCCAGAUGACUUCAUCAUAAAGUGUGGUGACAUCAUCCAGCUGCUGCGGGAAGACAAAGAAGGGCAUUGGCUGGUGAAAAACCUCAGUCGCAGACAGGAGGGCUGGAUCCCAGUCGGAAGCCUGCAGCUGAUUCUGGGUGACAGCGCCAGGCUGCAAUCCAACAGGCUUGGAGAACCACCAUUUCUGAAAACCCGGAAGUUGAGCACUCCCUGAUUGGGUGGUGGCCCUCCUGCCUCGGGCCGCACAGAGCGCAGGACCGACCGGGACUUGAGGACACAGCCGAGGACUCUGGGAUAGCUUUCAUUUACACCCAUGCAGACCUUUUUCCUGGUGGGUCCACCGGCGGCCAAUCAAGGCAGAGCAGAGACGCUUUGGGUUCUGCGUUCCGACAAAAAGGGAAGCAGGUCCAGAGCAGGUCUCCCAGGAAACAGCACAAAGGAAGGUCUGUGGUGAAGACUCUGUAGGGCUCAUUUCAGAUCUCAGAAACGAAGGAACCAGGAGCCCCAGUUCUGCAAUAAAAGCACUUGGUUGAGGCUGGGUUUAUCAGACCCAGUUUUGCACUGAAUUCCCUGGUUCAGUCGAGAUGGGACCUUUACAAUGUUUAAGACAGAGGAAAUGGGGAGGAAAUCAUAUACUAACCAAAUAUGAAUUUAAAUCCACCCGUUUGGAGCGAGCGGGGGAGUGGGGGGGGGGGGGUGAAUGGGGACUGAAUUACAUCCUGUACACUCUUCUCCCGUCGACAGUGAGGUACAGGGGUUCACCUCUGAUUCCCUCCCAUUAGCAUUCCAUUACUCUGCGUGUUCCGGAAUCCGAUGUGAAUUCAAACAUCUGCAGCAUGGACUGCUGUGACCACGUCAACUGACUGACCCUCCCUCACACACACUGUCAGACUGGGUCCUGGAUGUGUUGGGGAAAACCCGUUUCGUAGAAGAACAUCAGAAGGACAUUCAUCAUUUUACAAUGUCAUUGACAAUCUUUGGCCAGUUAGGAUGGCUUAUUGUCUCCAGAAUAGGGCUCCAAUAAUCUUCCCUUCGAAUGUGUUGUUUUACUACAAUCGUGUUUUGUAUCAUCCAAGAAAACAUGCGAAACCUGUUUCUAAUUUUGAGUGAUUGUCCUGGGAUUCAUUUAAACUCAGUACAUACACAUGCACUUUUUGUUUCCACUACAAUUCAUUUCCAGAAGGUAACCAGCUCAAACAAUCUCCAAGGGUUUACCUGCCAAAAUGUGCAGUGCCAUAGAGGCUUUUGUCAGUCUUUUGUGGUUUUAAAGUGUUUGAUCAUUUCCUUUGACAUGGUUAGUGUUUUUUCAGCAAUACUUUAACAGUGACUGAAUGUGUCCCGUUCCCGACUUCAGAAAUUAUGUACUUCAAAGGCACUUUAAUUAAGUAGAAAAAUUAUGAUGCAACAGCUGAACAAAGACAAAAAUAUAUUUUUAGGCUUCAUGAGAAUAUGCAUGAGUGACAGCAAUAUUUUCUGCCAAAACUUUUCAUUUAAUUCCCCCCCUCCCAUUUCCUUUUCAGGUUUCUUUGCACCGUAGUUACCUCUGUGUACUUUGAUCAAUGGGAAAUUGGUUGUACAGGGUCUCUACAACAUGUGUAAAUGCUUACACAUGAACAUCCCCGUAGUCAUAUAUUUUGCAAUUCCAAACGCACUUUAACUCAAAAUCUUCAUCAUACAUGGCAGUGGGUAUGGCCUUCGUGUACGCGAGUCCAUAUUUCAGCUGCUUUGGUUCCUGCACAAUCGGCAGUUUUUUUUCCUUUGUGUUUCAGGCAAAUUUGCGCGAACAGAAGAGAAACGUGCAGCGCAUACCCUUAUCUCUGUUCUUCGCCCACACAAAAGAAAGCAAAACGUGCUCCACGCGUAUCACCGUGCUUAACCUAUUGGUCUCUAAUUAAGCUCGAUCGUACGGCAAACACGAAGCGCAGCCACGGUGUCGGAACGUUUAAUUAAAUAUCGAUCGUGGCCCGAAUUUGCCGCAUCAAAUCAAGCAUGGGCGGCUGCCUUUGAUAUCACAACGUUUGAAGUGGAAAUGAGGAUUAAAAGCUGCAAGAGCAGCUCCAGAAUGUACACAUUGUAUAUGUAAUCCAUUUAUUUAUUUGCCAUUGAAUUGUUCCCUCUCAGUGUGGGAUCGCUGUGUGGCCUUGUGCGGUUAUAUUUAGUCUGUUUGUGUACCGAUCGGGAAAUCCUGUUCCAAAGCAGUCUUAGACUAUCAGUUUUAAUAGAUAAAUUCAGCUCCGUAUCUUUUCCUUACAUUCAAAAUGCUGCAGGUUUUGCACUGAAGUCUAGCGAUAAUAUAUGCAGAUAAAAAAGCUUGAAACUACUGUCCGUGGGGACAGGUGCUGUAUGCUCCUUUCUGAAUGUGUGAUUUUGGAGAAAAUGCAUGGCAAUGCAGAUGCUAUGUACUGGGCAGUUUUUGUGCUGUUGUUACUGUAUUGUUGUAUAAAUGUAACUUAUCCGUCAGUUUUAAUUCUUGUACAGCUUCUCUAUUGUAUAUAAGAACAAAUUAAAAAGUUUAUAACAAAAA